AUCAGGACCUGUUUUUGAAUCCAUCUAAUUCUAAUCAAAGAAGGACGUUCCAGCAGCGGGAUUGUUUCACUUCUGCGACCUGGCUGCUGCCCUGCAAACCCCUCUACCCCACUCCUCUGCUGCCCCCCUAGGUCUCCACACACACACCAUACCCACACGCGUGACCGGAGAUCAGGAGGGUCCGCAACUCCGCCGCCGUUGAGGUGAGCCUGCGCCCCCUCCUCCCCCUCCUCUUCCUCCUUCUCCUCCUCCUCCCUCUCCUCUGGUACGCCUCGGAACAGAAUGCGCUGAUCUCCGCUCGCUCUCCAGAAGGAUGAUUUCUGUCAUCUCCACCGCGGAGAGUGUUCCCAAGGGUACGGGAACCCCAGCUCCGAGCUUGUACCUGCGGAUCAGGAAGGUCUUGUCCAGGGACCUGUUGGUGACUCUGGCCCUUGGUCAGGUCCUGUCCUUGUUAAUCUGUGGUAUCAGUCUGACCAGCAAGUACUUGGCUGAUGACUUCCAUGCCUGCACUCCAGUGUUCCAGAGUUUUCUCAACUACAUCCUUCUGUUUCUGGUCUAUACCACCACGCUGGCAGUCAGGCAAGGGCAAGGGAACUUACUGGCCAUUCUGAAGGAGCGCUGGUGGAAAUACAUGAUUCUGGGUUUGAUUGACAUUGAAGCUAACUACCUGGUCCUUAAGGCUUACCAGUACACUACACUUUCUAGUGUACAGCUGUUAGACUGCUUUGUCAUCCCAGUGGUCCUGCUGCUGUCCAGGUUCUUUCUCUUGGUAAGGUACAAGGCUGUUCACUUUGUUGGGGCAGGACUGUGUCUCCUGGGUAUUGGCUGCAUGGCAGGAACUGAUGUCCUACUUGGUCGCCAACAAGGCCUCGGAGAGCAGAAGCUGUAUGGAGAUCUUAUGGUUCUGGGAGGAGCAACACUUUACGGAAUCUCCAACAUCUGUGAAGAGUUCAUUGUGAAGAACUUGAGUCGUGUGGAGUUCCUCGGCAUGAUGGGACUCUUUGGAUCCUUCUUCAGUGGAAUUCAGCUGGCCAUCAUGGAACACAAGGAGCUGCUGAAGGUACCCUGGGACUGGCAGAUAGGUCUUCUCUAUGUGGGUUUCACCGCCUUUAUGUUUGGCCUGUAUAGCUUCAUGCCAGUGGUGAUUAAAAAGACCAGCGCCACCUCGGUCAAUCUCUCUCUGCUCACAGCCGACCUGUACAGCCUCUUCUGUGGCCUUUUUCUCUUCCACUACAAGUUCUCAGGGCUUUAUCUGCUAUCCUUCUUCGUCAUUAUCUUGGGUCUGGUCCUUUACUCCUCCUCAUCAACGUACGUUGUCCACGAUCCACGAGUCUACAAGCAGUUCAGGAACACAGGCAGUCAACCAACCUCUGACCCACCCCCACUCAGUUCUGGAGUCAUGGAGCCUGCUGUCACUUACACCACCCUGAGCAGUGACGCUGGGGAAGAGCUUCCUGUUCGUGUAGCUUGAGAUGAUCUGGAAAGGGAGGUUAGUCUGUAACUGGGUGAAUCAGCGUGACAGCUGCAGCCUACAGCUUCUCCACAGUUGUAUACUGUACAUAAAAAAAUUGCUGGCUGUACCCAGUCUGCUAAGCUGGACAGCAGGGUGAUCACCGACGUAGGUCUAGGUUUUCAUUUCAUGGCCUGUAUUGAGGAGCGUCUCAGUCCUCUCAGUGACCAAGUUAAGACAAUUUCAUGUAUUCGUUUGUGUACCUAAUAAAUGGCUGACCAGAAUGUGAUUAAAACAAAUAGCGAUGUGUUCACUGUGAUCAAAGACUCAACUCAGUAGACAGUAAUGACUGUAAAUGAUCAAUCAUGUAAAUAGAUGGUAUUGUAAUUUGAUUUCAUUUGCUGUUUACUUUUUAUAUCUGUCAAGAAUGUUUACGCUUGAUAUCUGUAUAAAUGAUGAAGUUGUAUACAUUUCAUUAUUGGAUUCAUUUGAUUUCUUAUUAUCUGAUGGAAAUCCAUGGUGUUUUAAUUCCACUUGCAGUUUAGUAAACAACUCCAUUAAAAUCUGUGUAUUUUUCCACAUGGUGGAUAUUUUAUAGGUUGGUACUGAUAUAACUAUUGUAUUUAGACUUGAUGUGUCAAAGUUGGCAGCUUCUGCACCAAGGAGAAUGUCAGUCUGCCAAUAGAAAGAAGGCUUUAAAGGCAUUUAGGUUUUAUUAUAAUGAUUUACAUAAAAUAAAAUAAAUGAACUGAUGAAAAACUG